AUGAUCGAUUUCAGCCUCUCAGAAGAGCAGCAACUACUCCGCGCAGGCGCAGCCCAAUUCGCGCAAACCCACCUCAGAGAAGCCUAUGCCGCUUACUCCCAGCACACGACACAAGAGGCUCGCUUCCGCGCCACCAAGCCCACCUAUGCCGCCGCGGUGAAAGCCGGCCUGAUCAAGGGCCAAGUCCCCACCGCGCUGGAUGGAGGCGCACAAAGCCUCGUCGACGCCGCCAUCCUGGUCGAGGAGUUCUUCUCGGUCGAGCCGUCCGCCGCGCUGACCAUUCUCGGGACGGGACUGGGGUUGACCCCGUUCAUCCUCGCGGGCAGCGAGGAACAACGCAAGCGAUUGCUGCCGACAUUUCUUAGCGGAGAGGGGGAGCCGCUGGCGAGCUUCGUGCACUCGGAGCCGGGUGGGACGGCCAACUGGCUUGAGAGGGGCGGGAAGGGGCUUGGCACGACGGCGAGGAAGGAGGGUGAUGAGUGGGUCAUCAAUGGCGAGAAGCUAUGGACCACCAACAGCGGCGGAUGGGACGGAAAGGGCGCCGAUCUGCAGUGCGUCGUAUGCCGGUACUCGGAGGACGGAGGCCUUCCAGAUCCUACCAAGGAUCCGGCGGAGGAUAUCCUUAUCUUGCUCGUCACGCGUGAUGUGAUUGCGGCUAACGACUCCAACGCAUACAAGGUGCUUGGUGAACCCGAACUUUCAGGCUUCCCUUCCGCGUCAGGUCCUCACAGUUCGUUCAACAACCUCCGCGUCCCCGAUGCGAACCUACUCUGCCCACCCGGCAAAGGAGCCCAGAUAGUCGAGCAGACGUUCGGCUCGUCGGCUGCUUUAGUGGGUGCCAUGGGCGUUGGACUUAUGAGAGCGACAUUUGAUGCCGCGUUACGUUUCGCCAAAGAGGACACACGUGGUGGAAGUGCCCCGAUCCUGGAACGGCAGAGCGUGGCAGACCUACUGGUAGAUAUCAAGAUACGGGCUGAGACCAGCCGGCUCUUGACAUGGAAGGCUCUGCAUGCUAUUGAAAAUGGUCCUGGAGGCUGGAAUGCAAGGCUCGAGUUGGCUCUCGAGGCGAAGAUCCAUUCAUCCGAGGGUGCGGUGCAGAGCGUUGUGGACGCUAUGAAGGCUGUUGGAAUAAAAUCAUAUGCCAAGGAACAGCCAUUCUCCAGGCUUCUGAACGAUGCCAUGGUUCUGCCUCUGUUCGAUGGUGGGAAUGUUGGCGUCAGGAGACGGCAGAUUGAGAAAAUCUUCCAAAAUGCUGGGUACCAGCCGUGGGAGGCUACUCACGGAUCGUGA